UCAGAAGGUGCUCCCUGCUGAUAAAGUUGACAUCCUCCAUGGUCAACCAGUGGAGGAGUAUAUCGUCAAAGCUGAGCAAUGCAUCACUCAGGUCAUUCAGGAUGCAGCUGUGACAUAUACUGGCGUGCUGGAUAAAACCGACACUUGUGGGAAACUGUCGGAAGUUCUGUCUGUCUGUGUUUCCGCGGAGAAUAUUGAGGAAGCAUCCUCUGAUCUAUUUGGUGGAAUUAUUUCCGACCUGCAUGAGGUAUUUGAGGUCAAUAAGGCCUCCAUGCGUACGAAAUCAGGUCGCAAAAUGUUCUGGGUGGAAGUGAGUUCAGGUUCCCAGAAGAUUUAUACCAAAACCCUGGACAAACUGAGGAAGCUUUUCACCUCUCACCUUCUCACUGAGGGAAAAAAUACUCCUGUGCAAAUUGAGCUCUAUGACACUAGACUACUUGUAACUGAGACCACUGUGGAGGUAUCUCCUGUACAGAAGACAGACAGUAAUAGCUCUUCUAUGUCCUCAGCCUCAGCCCACCAGUUCACCCUCGACACCUGCACUAAAGGGGUCAUCAAACAGGUGAUCUCGGUGCUGAGGUUGGAGACUUCAAAGGAAGACCGCUUCGCUUCCGUUGGGGAGAACACGUCAAAUGCGUCCUUUGACCUCAACCAGAAGUUGGACACGAUCAUUUCGAAAUUGGAGGACCUCUGCAUUUCGAGUGACGUGGCGUCAGCUGAGAUUGCCACGCUCACGCGAUCUCGUAGUGCAGCCAGCAGAACCUCUAACAUUUCCAUCCAGAGCAUUCACAGUGCUGAGUUCCGAGCUAAGGCCAAACAGAUUGUGCGUGAGGCCAUUCUCAGAGCUGCUAGCGAAGCCAACUGUUCUUUGCCACAGAGCAUGCCUAGCAUCACCUUCUCACACCAUGUGGUUUCUACAACUGAAGAUAUAGUGAAUAUGGUCAUGCAAGACCUUGAAAGUGUAUCCCAGUACACAGUGGAGGACGCAGACUCCUUCCCACUAGGAGAGAAAAAGCUGCAGUCCCAACUCAAUCCCAGAGUUGUCUUUGACAACUCAUUUUUUGCUGCUCAAAUCAUGUACCACAGAGUAAAGGAUAGACUGAACGUCUUUUUGUCUUUUCCACCCGUGUCAGUCACCACAGCUAAAGAUGUGCUGGACUUCACCCCUGUGGAGACACUCAGAUGCUCGAAGUCCCCUGACACUGCUCUUGUUAAGGACAGGACCCGCCCUCCGUCUGUGAGAAGUGAGAAGCCAUUUUCAAAAGUCAGUUUGACUAAAAGGUUUAAAGCCCUUGUGUCUUCGAGUGGCUCCUCCACAGACCACCAUGUAAUUGACACAUGCAGUGAGGAUGUCAGUCUGCCCACCAGGAGUAUGUCAGUUGUGAGCGACACCAGUUUGAAGAGAGCCUCUCCUCUCCAUGGUAGUGGAUUGAGUGAAAGUUGUGAACCUCUUGUGGCUCUACAAGACGGAACAGUGGCAGUCAGCCAAGAAGGCUUUAGCAAAACUGCAAAGAAGACGCUCAGCUUGAUCCUAAAUGUGAUCAAGUGCAGAUUGGCCAACUCUGAGAGUUCAUCUGUUGGGCAGAAUGCAAGUGAGGAGUGUCUGAUAGCCACUAAUAUGUUAGACUCUCUACUGGAGAGCCUUGACCUGUUGCCUGACAUGAGCGCUGCCGAUGAGAUCACAAGGACAGAAUGCCAUACCUCUAACGCAAUGGACAAGACAGGUUCACAGUCAGCGCUUGUGAGCCAACAAGAAAUGAACAUAUCUGACACCGGUAUCAUAGUGAAAACUAUAAUGGACACAUUGAAGGCAGACGACCCAGAGAUGACUUCAGCAGAAGAAAAUCUGGAUAGGCUUCUGUCAAUUGAAGCCCUUCAAGAUGCGUCUGGCAACCUGAUCGCAAAGGUCCAUGGUCUCAUUCAGGAGAUAGCCAUAAGCCGCCAGCUUCAAUCCAUGACUGGCCACAGAAGCCUCUCUCAACCAGCGCUGCCAAAGCCAGCACUGAGGAAGCUGUCAAAGGACGAUGCGUCAGAGCUCGUUUACAGCUUUGCCCACACUUCUGUUAGCAGACUCCUGGGGCAGUGUUUGGGUAGGCCUAUGCCACCCACUGCUGACAGGGUUUUGGAUCAGGUCAUCAAGUUGAUGACAGACAUGGUGAUGGACAGCCUGACUGAUCUGUCCAAGUCCGCAAUGGAGGGUGGUAAGUGAAAGUACCUCAUCUCCAUAGGACUUCAUUGUAACAUGACACAUUGCGUUUUAUGAUGUGAACUUCACUGGUUGUGUCCAAAAUGGCACCUUCCAUGUUUAGUGCACUACUUUUGACCAGAGCCAGACCCUAUGGGCCCUGUUCAAAAGUUGUGCACUAUAAAGGGAAGAGAAUGCCUUUUGGAACGCAGUGACUGCUUUCCAUUGUUGCGUCCUCUUCUCCCAGUUAUUGUACCCAGGUCAGUCACACCAGCUUGCUCUUCUUAUUUAGACACCAGCAAUGCCGCAAGUGACAUCACUCAUGGUGUUGUGGCUGACAUUAAUGCUACUGAGGAAUUCCCUGCCAGGGGCCUUAGCCCGGCUGAUGUAAAGGCUGACGGCAUGGCCCGCCUUCCCUCUGCCAGAGGGGAGGAGACUAAGAAGAACAGGAAGUGGCACUUCCUACCCAAAAUUGGCAAGAUUCCAAAGAUCAGGAUGAAGCUGUUCAAGACAAAAGGGGAACCGAAGAGCCACCCUGAACAGGAUGCGCUGCCUACCAAACGUCUCAGAGAGACUCGUAUUUCACAGAAUGCUGAGUGUGAGGUUCCAGAGGUUCCAUCCACUUCCCCACCCAAGGAGGACCUGACAACCACACUGGCCCCUGCUCCCCAGGAGUGCCAGUCCCGUAAACGCCCUCUCAUAGUCAGGGCUGUUGCAUCCCCACACCUACCAGUGAAGCACCACA